CGUGACUUUCCGUUAAUUUUCUGGAUUAAAUAAUCGCUCUAUCAACGGAGCCCUAGAGAUCGCGGCCGCUGCCUCCCACGCCGCCGCGGUCUUCUUCCUCUCUCUCCUUCCAUGGACGAGUUCGCCAGCAGCCCCCGCCGCGUUCGUCGGCGCGUGCUGUCGGAUGAGGAAGACUACCUCAGCGGUCUCCCCGACGAGCUUCUCCACCACAUCCUCUCCUUCCUCCCAACCCGAGACUCGAUCCGCACCUCCCUCCUCGCCCGCCGGUGGCGCCGCGUCUGGGCCUCCGUCCCCGCCAUCGACUUCUCCUACACUAACGAGAUAAUUAAUCCCGACACCGUCGGCCGCUUCCUCUCCGCCCGCAGCGACUCUCACUCCGUCUCUCGCCUUCGCCUCCCCGGACUCGGCCUCCAGCGCAUCCAAUCUCCCAUCUGCAACUUGCUCGACUACGCCAAAUCCCACGGCACUCAAGACGCGACCCUCCACUGCCACUCCUUAGACCCUUCCCUACUCGACGAUCUGCUCCAUUGGCCAUCACUCGCGUCGCUGAAUCUGAAAGCUCUAGGAUGCCAGAACUGCACAUUAGCGUUCAAUUCCAUCGCCCUCAGCAACCUCAGGACCCUUUUCCUCAGACUCGGUGAAGCUGCAAUUCCCAACGAGACCUUGACAAAGCUGCUCUCGGGCUGCCCUCUUUUAGAAGAACUAAAACUAAGUGCAGAAUAUCCCCAACACGAAACCAUUCAAAUAGAAGCUCCAAAUCUUCUCUGAUUGACUGUGAUUCCUACUCCAAAGAAGCUUCAAACUCCUUGGCCUCUGUUCGAUUAUACCAAAUUUGGCUCUUUGGAAAAUUUGCUCAGACUCUAUUCAAUGUGAUUGUGACUGCUGUAGUUGUAAUUGUCUUAGAUACAUGUCGUUCAGGCUUUCCUAAAUUCCUGAAACAACGGGAAGGGUUUCCCAUCUUUCACAAACUGCUCCAGUUGGAGAUCAAAAUGUAUGUCACAAAGAAGUUCAGCCUGGACGUCGUGUUUGAUCUUCUUCAAUGUACACCGAAACUGCAGUCGCUCGUUUUAAUUUUAAUUGAGUA